ACCGCUAUAAAACAACUCAUCCAGAUGUCGACAGGCCAUUACAUCUAGGUUUAGCAGCCAGAUGGACCUCAGAAAAUUUGCACCUUUUGUCUUUGUCCUAAACCUGGGGAUUCUCCCUCUAACUGUAAAAGGUAUGCCACUCUUCUUUUCAUCGUAGGCUGUUGUAAUCAUCAUUUGUACGUUCUUAUACCUAACAAUAGGCAAAUAUUACCUUUUUCCUUGUAACAUAGUUGAAAAUUGCUAAAAUUUCAACUCCUGAAAAGCAAUUCAUCUCGGUCGAAGACUUUUUAUUUUGUUAUUUAUUUUUUAAGGAACACGACAUGUACUUAUUUAGACCUCAAAUAAAGACAGAAGGUCUGACAGCUAAUAUUUUUUAAUUUCUUAGUUCUUCUGAUUUACAACUUUGGAGAACACAACAAGUCCCUCCCUCUCGUUUAAGUGACUAACUCAGUGCUCGAGCUUGCGACUAGAGUACGGUCCAAGUCUCUGAUCGAUGAAUUUUUCCAUCUCAUUUAAAGUGCCAGUUUCUAUACAUUCCACGAUCUCGAGAAAAUGAUUAUAUUACAAAGUUUUCGAUGGACUAAUUUGUUUGUUGUAACUCGGUUCUGCAAAAUAGUACAGUCUGUUCCCGUCAGCGGGCUACCCCUUGGAUUGAAGGAAAACGAAACAAAAUUUUAAACACAGACAGGUGAUUGAUUCUUGAUACGAUAUUUCAUAUCCCCAAAAGACCUGCAGUGUGAAGAUUUCAAAUCUAGAACAUAAGAUUUUGACAGUGGGGUGAGAUCUGCCCCUUACACUCCACACCCAAAUUCUGAUGCAACGCGAAAGUUUUAAUCCAUUUCAAACUUUUGAAGACCAUAGUGGUAUCUGGCAGUUCAUCAAUCCACCUUUUACAGAAAACCUUAAACGAGUUUUUAAUCCUUGAUUUUCCUAUUUUGGAAUCAGUCAUUUCCGCGCUUCUACAGACGUUCAUAUUUCCUAAUCCGUGCAGCUCUGUUUUAAUCCAAUCAGAGAUGACUGUCAUUCGCGGGCUACCCUUUUGGUGCAAGGAACCGAGCUUACUCGACACAUUGCGUGUGCGCGCGUAGCAAAACGGUAAUUUGAUUAAUCUAGGUAUUUAGAUUUGCUCUCAACAAGUGGAGUAACUGAACAUGAACGAAAAAGGAGCUAGGAGAGAUUAAAUUGGACUUAAAACAAAUCUAAAGAGAGUUAUUACAGUAGCUAUUGUCCUAGUUUGCCAUUUGGACCGCCGCGAUCUUUAUCAAAUAUUAUCCAAAUCAAGAGUGAAACAUUGAAAUAUGAUGAUAAAGGUAAAGCAAAAACAAUAUAAAAACUAGAUGAUAUCAAAAUUUGCAUAAAGACACUUACCUCCAAAGCGAGAAUGCCAUUCGCCAAAUCGUUCAGUACAAUUUCAGAAAAGCAUGAGCAUAAAAGGCAGGGGUUUUCCCGGGGGGACCAACGGAAAUCGGUCGUUCAGUCCGCCUGCCAAUAUGACGUCACAUCUCGCGUCGGUGACUUUCAAAAUGGCGAGCAAAGUGUUCAUCGAAGAGACAGAUAAAAAUUUCGAAUUAAUCAAGGAAUUACUGUUCUGAUUUCUUGGAUUUGGAGAUUUUAAGGUCCCUCUUGUCAUAGAAAAAGACUUUAGUACUUUUUUGGGAUGAAACGUCUACUGGUGUAAUAAAUUUUAAAGAUUCCUUUCUAUCGUUGAAAAAAUUUUACGGGCAAUCAAACCGACCAGUCACAUUUUUUGAGGGCCAGUGCACAGCAAGAUUGAGGAAUUUAGACACAGCAGUAGGAGGUUCAUCAAAGGAUCAAUUAUACUUUACAUUGUGCGUAUUUUCAGCUGUUCAGAGCUAGUGGAACCCCAUAUCAAUCCUUUCAAAGUUCGCUUAGCUGUAGCGUUGAAAGAGGAAGCUACAUGGCAGAUAUUUGUGAGAGACCGUGAGCGUUGAAUCUUGUUGCUUUAACAUAUUUUCAUACUGUACUGGGCAUACACCUGUAAUUCUAUAAUUAAAUCCGGAAAACCAAUGGUUUCGUUUAAUUAUUUCUUGGAGGCAAACCCAGUGGAGAUUUUAGGGUAAUAAUAUUGAUGAUUAAGCCGAUGUACAAAAGGCAGGUUUAAAUUUCGCCAGUGGGUCACUGGUGGGUGUACAGUCUUGUGGUGUACUGUGUGUUGUUUGUCAUGAUGUCAACUAACAUUGAAAAAAAUUCAGCUGUUUGAGAGGAGAGGGGACAUAAGCUGACAGCUUGUGGUUUUUUCUGGCCGUAAGCUUGGCCAGUAUGCAGAUCAAGAACUCUUGAAAUUCCUUUUCCAAAAUAAUACUCCGGACUUAAGCUUAAAAUAUAUAUUGAUCCCAGUGCAUGACCAGCAGGGUCAGCAGUAAGAAUAAAGAAAAACAGGCGAAAAGGAAAAACCAAAUAUCAAAACGGUUUACACAAGCAGAUUAUAGCAACACCAAAGCUCACACACAUUCGAUCAAAUUAGCGAUAUAUAGCGAUAUUUGAUGGCUUCUUAGCUUUUCCACGACCUCACUCGUCCUAAUAACUGUCGUAUCCCUUGCUAAUUUGCACACUUGACCGCGAGGCUCUUGCCCGUUACUAUGUGACGUCAUACUGGCAGGCGGAGUGGGUCAAGAAACUUAGGAAUAAAACAAUAGAGUUACCUCCCCCUCCCCACCCCCUGAUGUUGAGUAAAUGAAAUGAAAAAUAUCUGUAUAUAUAAACUUCUUCCUCCUAAAUUUUCUCACAUAACUACAAGGCAAAGAUUUUACACCUCGCCUGGAAAUGAAAAGUGAAAAAUGCUAGGCUACGUUUUUUCUUUUCCCUAUAACGCCAAAGUAGAGUCGCUUAUUACCCUCUAGACUUGAACCGUAGGCCAAGUUACGUUUCUACAGCGCUAUUUAUGAAAAGAAAAGUCACAAUAUCCUUGCAAAAGAACAGCUUUUGGUGAUAUUUCUUUCAAACUGAACUUCACUAAAUGAAGAAGAAUUAAUUUUCUGUCCUCACAUUUUAAUAACACACGAAAGUUGCUUAUCUCUCCUCACCUUUCAAAUAAACACAGACACACCCCUGGCCGCUCUUCAUUUCUUUUCAAGCAACACUCCGUCUCUUUCCAUCCCAUACCUACACUACAUUGAGACAUUUUUUUUCCAUUUUACAGGCAUUUCCUAUCAGGUUGGAAAACUGAACGCAUCAGAGACGCGUCAAGGAUGGAAUUGCAACAGCGGAUGUCAGGCGCCACAACAUUGUACACUGCCACGCUGCACUAACGUGGUAUUUCCGCAAACUUUCAGUGGAUCUGGAACAGUAAGUAUACCUUAAAGCAAUUAGAAAUUACCCUAUUUCUUCAAAUAAUAGCCUCGAGCGAUUAUUCGAGGAAGGCGAUUAUUUCAAAUAUUGGUCACUGGAAGUCGAUCCCCAAAUAUUUUAUUUUGUUACCCGUUAAAUAAAAAUAAAGAAAUAAUCACAUCAAAUAUACUAAACAUGGGCUUUAUAAGUUUUGAAAAAAUGGUUCGUUUUCAGGAGCAAUCCUUUUCCUUGGUUAUUUUUCAAUUUCAAUAUCCUUGGCGUUAGAGCUUGAAUCGUCACUGAUCAGUUUUGCUGGAUGAGAUUCCACUUCAGCUUUGUUUGUUAUCCAAGGCGUCACUUUUUAACUCGACAGGGAGGUGGUAAAGAAAGAGAAGAUAGCGAGAAGGGUGGGGGUUAAGGGCGAUUAUUUGAGGGAGAAGAUUAAUCGAGGGACGGCUAUUUUUCGAGGAAAUACAGUAGUCUAAUCUUAAGGGUUGGUGGCAACUUUGUUUUGUUAGCAGAACACAAUAAGCUUCUUUAGAAACUAAUUUUUUUAACAAAUUUUGAUUUGCCAGCAUUGUGGCCUUUGUAAUGUUAUGACCUCAGACAAUCAAGUGCUCCCUAAUCCCUAGGAUGCGAGUGUUUUCAAACAAAACAAAACAAGACAAAACAAAAAAUCCAGAGAAUUCUGACAAUAAAAAUAGGCUAGAAGAUCUUUAAUCCUUGGAAUGGGGCCGGGAAUGGAGGGUUGAAUUAGAUCCUCUUUUUCUUCAGAUUUAGUGUGAGGAGUGCACGCGCGCACGAGCAUUGAAACCACCAGACGCACGCGAGAAACGAGGGCGGCAGUCUCGCCCCUUCAGUCACGCGCGUGGUCAUUUUCGUUUCUCGCGCGUUUCGCACGACAGACAGAUCAACAGUCCGGAAUAUCCCUAAAUUUAAGGACAGGGCCAAAUGGUCACGCGACACUGUUCAACCAAGUAGAAGGUGGGCUUGUGUUUAUCAAAACAUCGACCAAGUGAUCAAAAAUUUUCACAACAGCGGACAGAGUCGGACAGAUUUUAAGAUAAGCCAGGGGCCCAUAACCUGGAUAAGCUUACAAUACUCGGCUAGGUUUCUCAUUAUUUCAAAGAAAACAUUUGAUGUAAGAGAAUAAGAGUAUUAUUCAUUGCAAGGAAUCAUUGGGGUGUUCGAACUGAUUCUGGACCCAUCGCAGAGGUCGUGGAUUCACUGACUUGGCUUGCAAGAUUUUUGAUAGAAGCAAACUUGAAAAUUUGCUGAGAUCGUACAAAACAGGAAUGGUACUACCUAUUAACUUCUACAGAACAAGAAUCAAAGAACCAGUGAUCAUAACAAGAAUAAAAAGUAGUUCAAAUUUAUUAAUUUUCCUUGUUUGUUUUUCUGUGUUGUUUCGUGUUGACUUCACGCAUCUGGUGCUUUCUUUGCUUGUUGUCGUACCUGCAAUGUUUUAAUUUUAUCCCAGAUAAUCAGUGCAUGUUUAAUGUGUAGCGAAUUACAUCAUUUACAGUUGAAAUUUGUCUUCUUUCUUUGAUUUUUUUAACUGUGGAUGAACAUUUGGAGAAUCCAACAACAAUAAAUCUUUCCUGAUUUGGUGAAUUUCAGAAACAAAGUGGUUAAUAACUACCUUACGCUUAUGAUCUUUAAUUUUAUCCCCGCAAAUUCGGCAAAGAGAGGCGAGAUGCAUGUUGGACGUGAAUAUCCAUAAGACUAAUAAAGUUGUUUUGGCCUUGAAAAGAAAAAAGGCAAAGGCUCGAAUUAAUGCGAAAAAAAGUAGUAACACGGCUCUUCCAUGUCUGCGUGAAACCUGGGAGUGGAACACGUUCGAUCUCUCGCAUCAAGGACAAUUUCUCACAUCUGACUCUCAAAUCCGGACAAAUUGUUCUUAACACAUGAUGACUGUGUCCUUUUUUGUGUUCUAACGAAAUCAUAUCAAAGCAAGCUAAAAGUGUCGUCUUUUAAGUAGCUUCGAAAGUGCUCCAACGUCAGGUCUUCUAGCACAUCUGAGGACAUUUAACUUUCGGCAACGUUCGGAAGUCUUCGGUAAUUCGUCGGAAAUCUUUGGAAGUCGCCGGGACGUUUCGUGAAAUCUUGGUUAUGACAAGGUGAAAAUCUCACGCAUUUGACUCAGGCAGGUAUAAUAUUGGGACGUAGAUCGUAAGAAGACCAAGAAAACCGUCUCUGAAUCAUCUCAGUAAAACCCUGCAAUUGCCUUUGUAAUGCCCUCAUUCUGAGCAGCCAUCGUAUGCUGGUGCGUUCUCAGAGAAACGUAAAUUUGAAAUCAUAGGUCAUUUGCAGAUGGUACAUGACGCACAUGAGAUUUUAAGCAUCUUGCUGCUAAGAUUACGCCUAAAAACGCACAUAUGAUCACAUUAUACGAUGAAAAGAGUCGAACAAUGCUAUUCAAGGCCUGAAGAACAAGUUUUUGUAGAAAAUAAGGCAUAAGCAGGUCCUUUGUCAGUUGACAGUAAAACCCAAGGCAAAUGUCAGUAGUCAGUUAAAUUUUCGGCUAUUUGUGAGUUGUCAGUCGUCAGUUAACCCAAUCCAGACCCUCUUCUAGGUUGUCUACUAUCCCCACAUUCAACGUGAUAAACGUUAAUGGAUAUGACAAUUGAGGAAAAAUAUCUAGAACUUCGUAAAAAUCUGUAAAUCGAAAAAAAUUAUAGAUACUUGUUCACCUACCUUAAAAACCGACCAAAAUCUCGCCUACAUCGUGUUGUUUAAUAGAAGAAAUAAGGCACAAAAUGUGCUGAAUAUUUCACGAGAAACUUCCAAUAUGGCUUUCGAUACGCUUUCCACUUGAAAAAAUUGUGUAUGCCUCAUGAAAAGUCUUACAAAUAUGCCUGAGAGUCUCGAAACGGUGACUGUGGUCGUUUAGGUAAUCUAUCCGCCAUUUUUCUCGAGAACAAUAGCUCCAUGACGUCACAACUGCCUUUAAAUUUAUUCCGUACUGAUCAAGGUAGAAGAAAAAAGAGAGACUGCUCGUAAUCUAGGGUUGAAUUGUCGCCUGCAAAUUUUCAUUGAUGCUUAUCUUUUCAGGUUCGAGUUUUUGUGUCAUUAAGCCACGAAGAUCAGUCUUCAGUUGUUCAUUCGCCUUCUGCUGUGUGGGCAGAGUCCAUAAGUACAGCAGGAUUUCAGUUAUGCUCGCGUGCAACAGGUUCUACAAAUGACACUGGAAUUAUCAACUGGGUAGCGUUUCAGGACAAACCCAUGUUAACGCAUGGAAGCGUUACAUUUAGUGGAAUAUGGACAACAGAAACCAAGUGUGAGAAGGUGGCCUUUUCUCAGGUUAGAUAACAAUAAUUGAUAACAAGUGUAUAAUUUUGUUAUCAAGGUGUAAAACGUAAUUAAAUAGUAGAAACAAAUGAAAUAGUAUCAGAAAUUAUAGUUCUAAAACAAAUGAUCUCUAGUUCAAUAUCCGGAAUUUGUUCUUACUGGAACAGGCCCGAUUAUAAUCGGGCCUGGGAAAAUGCAUUGCUAAAAGUCUUGUUAAGCUACCUCCGGGCUUAGAUUCAAACUUUUCCUUCUAUCGCCUUUAGACAAGCCAUUUUCACGUUUUGCUUUAGAACAUAGUUAAUUGAGUGGAAUGGUUAUGAAACCCGUCAGACUCCUUUGUUCUAUGUUUUUGUGGACCAGAAAGUGCACAACGUUCAAAAGCAUUCCUGUCAUUUGGAUUGUUUUGACCAAUAAAAACGUUGCAUUAAUAUAUUCUGUAACAAUUUGCCAACAGAAAAUAAAGGAUUGUGCGCUUUCAGGGUGCUUCCAACAUAAACUGCAGCACUGUAAAUUGUUAAUUUAUCUUUGAUGUUUGCCGCUUUUCAUAACCAGUCUCCCCUAAUAACUAUGUUUAGAAGUAGUGAUUGAAUAAUGCUUGACCGUUUUGAUUGUAUUGAUGUAUCAAAAGAAAUUGGGAAAAUAGAAGUCUAUUUAUUUAAUGAUGUUAAAUUUUUGGCAUUAAACCUAACAAAGUUAGCCGAACAGAAACAUUGCUGUUAGUAGCUUUAUUUAAGUAAUGGGCCAAAAAAGAUGCAUUCAACAACCUUCUCAACACUUCGUAGAAAGAGGUGAAGAGGGGUAGAAAAUUGAGUCGACGUGAAUAGACAAGUAGUCAAGAUUUAAUUAAUCUGCUCCCAUUAGCCUUUGAUAAAUCCUUAAUUUCAUAAGUGCCACUGAGCACGUCAGUGAUACGAUCAUGUUGAUUUAUAUCUCGAGAAAAUCGUUUAUUUUUUAGUCAAUAGUUUUUCAUAUAUCUAACAUUUUUUUUGCAGAGCUUUGCUUCCAAGCCUCGUGUAUUUGUCUCUGUUAAGUACACUCGCAGUACUAAGCCAAAUGAUGCUAUGUACUUAUGGUUAGAAAACGUCAAUUCUGGAGGAUUUGAAGUGUGCUUAAGGGAAUUCUUGCCCUUUGAUGGAAAGCACCAAGAUGCAGUUGUGGUAAGUGAAGAAAAAUGCUCGAGUAAACUAUAAUAUUAUAAAUAUAAAUAAAUAAAUAACUUGACUUUGCCACACUUCGGCAGCCCGGACAACCAAUUACCUAGAACGUUCGUAACAGUGUCUCACGCAGACAUUUCUUGUUAAAGGAAGUGUCGUUCGAUGCCUGACGUCUUGUAAAUUAAACAUUAUUUUCUUGUCCACAGGACUGGUUCGCAUUCACUGGAAAUGGGAGUCAACUUAAUUUCACAAUAACUGGAGAAGAAAUCUUUCCAAACAGUGGAAAUCCAUCGGCCAAAAACAACUACGGCUUCUGUCAGGUGAAAACUUUAGUUCUAACAAGAACAUUUACCAAGCCACAGAACAUUUUCAGUGGUUGAGGUCACACUAGAGAAAACUUAAUAUAGUAAACCUAAAUUUACCAGGCCAUGGUGAUCGACAAUGUAUCCAAAAUGGCAAUUCCCAGAUGAACGCGACAUGCUUAUCUCGCGACUUGAAUGUGCGCAUAUUUUGGGAUUUUUAAAUUUCGCGACUUUGCAAGAAUUUUAUAUUUCGAAUCACUUCAAUUUCGCGUUGUUGAGUGGGCGAAUAUUAGAAGUGGGGACUUUACAGACGAUGGGCAAAAAUAGAGGGAGAAGUGAGCACGUACACAUCCAUUUACUAACUUACGUUUGUUUUUUACCUAUUUACAGGAAGUACCUUUCAAUACGACCUUUUACAAAUCGCCAAUUGUGAUUCUUUCCGUAAAUCAUGAGUAUAAUCUUCAGGUCAAGGGAAGCCGUCUUCCAGAAAAUAAUAUAAUAUCGUCCUGGGUUGAGGUAGGUUUGAAUUUUUAUUCUAACCUGAGAAAAAAGCCGGCAUUUCACGCUACGCCACCACUAGUUUUUCCACAAAAUGACGUCUGAUGAACGACGAUAGCAAAAAUUGUAUACUGAUGAUGUGUCAACUGGGCAUGUAGUGCUUCUGAUUGGUUGAUUAGAAAACUUCCAUUGCGGCACGACCAAUCAGGAGCAGUAUCUUGAUCUGCGAAGUGCAAAGUCAUCAUUAUGGGAUUUCUUCACUCGUUCCACAGACGUCUUUUCAACCAGUAAUUAAUUGCGUCGCGAAAUGGGGUUUUCCUCACUGGAUAAUAUUCUUGUUCAAUAAGGGAAGAGAAGUAAUCCGUAUAUUCUAGUAAAUUGAUAAAAGGACCGUGAAAGAGCCAUAAGAAACAGAUAAUUUGGAUCUGAUCCGUAAAUUUCAUGACUUGUAUUGUCUUCGUAGAAAUUAAGAAGAAAUUAUGGAUUUUCUAGUAACUGAUGAGUGCUAUCACAUUUUGCUGUAGGACGUUGGAUUAGAAUCUAUGAAGAUAUGCGUUAAAGACCUCAGCGGAUUAGGAUCGAGUCAUGAUCCCUUGAUUGUCAGCUACGCUGUUACUGGAGGUUGUUAAUUAAUUUUCCUAUUGUAAUGAUCACUAUUUCUAGAAUUUUUAUUAUUAUUAUUAUUAUUAUUAUUAUUACUUUUAUUUUUAUUGAUAUCUUUUAGAAGUUUUUAUUUGUAGGAAAACGUUUCAUGAUGAUAGAAUUAACUAAACGCUGGAGUACAAGCAAUGAUAAGCUUAUUCAUGUUACACUCUACCUUUGAACGCACGUAAGGAAUGAUGGGAUAAGAGCAAUUAGAGGGCAGACAAGUAAUAAAAUUGCCAAACGAGUAAUCGAGCAAUCGCGGGCGAGUUUGUUUAUUCCCUCAAAAUAAGACGACGAUUCUAGUCAUGCAAAAUGCAAAAUGUAAAGUUCGACAAGUUUUACGUCAUAAUUCCUUGCUGUGAAGACUUCUACUGUGGUGUACUGCAUUCAAAAUCACUUCCACCCAUCUUUUGCGAUUUUCUUUUCAUUUAAUGUUGAAACUUCUUUUCUAUUGUGUAGGUCAAACAAAACUCGACUGCAUUUUUGUAUUUGCAGAUUUUAUCUCUUGUUUGCCCCCUGAGAAACCACGUAACAUUGCUUUAAUUUAUUCCAUCAGCCUUUAGCGCGUGCAAAGAUGGCGGUAUCGUUAAUAACGUCUGCUAACGAUAAAAAUAAUAGGUUGAGUUGCCUGUAUGCAAACAUGUCAUUACUAUUUAGUUUUAAUUCAAAUAUGAAAAAUAUAUUAGAAAUUUAUGUUUUUUCCGAAUGGAUAACUACUCAAUAUUAUGUUUUUUUUCUUGCUGCAGAUCUUAAUCCUUGCCUUAAUGUGCAUUGCCCUCGAUUUGGAGUCUGCAGGACCUACAGUGCGCAUGACGCUCAGUGUGAGUGCGAUGGCCAAUGCCCCUCAUAUAAAGACCCAGUGUGCACUGCGAACGGAACAACUUACGACAACCGAUGCUGGCAUAAGUUAAGCUAUUGCAGAGGACUCGAAAAUAAUCUGGUCUACCACCCAGGAAGCUGUGAAGGUAACGAAUAAUGAUUUCAACGAUUUUUUUGGCUGUAUAUGCCACAUAAACUAGUCUGGGAGUUAAGCUCUCGAUCGCUUAGAAUUAUAGUUGUUGGUUCAAAAUUGCAUUCAAUUUGGCUUCUAGCUAUAGGAUGUUUAUAACUUUCCGUUACUUUUAAGCUGACUUCUAGCCCCUCACGCAGGCUAAGCAACAAUAGAGAGUUGUAACAAGUUACUUCGUCUGUCUGCUUUGGCAAACAAACACAUAGCAGCCCAGGCUAUAGGCGAUGUUUGAUCUGUGUAAGAUCUUUUAUUCUUUUUUGCCUUGCAAUCUAGUUUUUAUCGCGUAAAAUUAGAUUCACACAAAUUUGCUCGUGGAAAAUAUGGUUCAAAAAAGUGCAAAAGAGGAGGAAAUCAAAGACAAGGGUGGUAAAUAUCACAGUUACAUACCAGUUUACAUGGAGUUGCAUAUUUGAGGGCAAAUGCAGUAUUUAUUAUCUUUGCCCUUGAUUUCAUCCUCUUUUGUAUUUUUUUUUUGCACCCUAUUAGCACUGAGUAAAUUUGCUGAAAAUCAAAUAUUUCGCGCAGUGGCGCACGCUCCCACGCGUACAUGUCAUCAGGUACGCUUUUGAUUUAUAAUUUUUUUUUUGGCCUCCUCUAGUACUGCAUAUGUUUAUCUUUAUACUGGCAUAUGUUUAUCUUGGGCACUGAAACCAGCAACCAGCAUGCAAUAAUAAGCAGCCACUAUACAUUUCGUUGUUGAAAGGUAGCCGACAUUGCAAGUUAUAGCCUAGUUUUAGUUCAAUUUCCACGCUUUUUUUAUCACCACCCUUCACCACUUAGAGUUACAGUACAACGCAAGCUAACGAAGCUACGACCUUAGCGAUAAUGCUUAAAGAGUACAGUGAUGCUUCCUUAUCAAGUACUUAAUUUAUUAUAAAACAGGUUUUCCAAUUGUUCGGGGCCGUGUAGAUCUGCUACAGGUUCCAAAAUGGUCAGAUUCAAACUGUCAGACAGUCACAUUUCCUCCAUACCGGUUUUAUCCCGAUAAACAAGUUCAUGUUCAAAUAACCGUCAAUCACAUGAAGCUGAAUGACUCUGUGACAGUCCACGACGCUGUUACUUCAUGGACAGAAAGUAUCAACACAAAAAACUUCACCGUCUGUGUCAUGCAAACCGGAAGGAAAGAAGAAGGUGCGAAUCCAUUUGCCACCAUUGAUUGGGUGGCUUAUCAAGGUGCACCGCCCGAAGGAUUGACGGGAACGGUUGAGUUGCAGAAAUGGUGGUCUGGUACCAACUGCGCAGAUGUGACUUUUCCUACGGUGAGAGAUUAUAUAAUUGAUGCAAGUCCCCAAGGCAAAUGUUAGACUUUCAUUCAUCUGAUAGCUUUAAUCCACGCCGUCUUUAAAUAAAAAAUAACGGAUCAUUACGAGGUGACUAGGAAGAAAAAAGACGAUUGCUACAAUAAAUAACAAGACAAGGUUAGGUAAUAAAUAAGAAGGGGAACUUACUCAGUGAUUAGUUGCGUGUAAUUUUUGCAGCAAUAUUCAUCUUAACAUGACUUCAGUUGUUGUUAUUGUGUUUUUUGGGCUUUUUCUUCAGGGCAAGUUUGCUGAGGCGCCAAUAGUCCUUGUGACGUCAGAGCACCUGAGGACUGGUAAAGAGUAUGAUGCUGCUCUCAUUUGGAUUGAAGACGUAACUAAGGACUCAGUUAAAGUCUGUCUUCGUGAAAUGCAAAACUUUGACGGUAGACACCAAGAUAUCACUGUGGUACGUUCUUAGUGGUUUUCUUAGAAACUGGAACGCGAAUGUCUGCAAAAUUUGUAAGGAUUGUUGGUCUGUUAACCAUAACAGCGCGGUUAAGUUGAAAUGGCGUUGAUAACUUUAAAGAUCGUCCUGGCGAGUGAUGGUUCAGUCGAACGAAGGAACUGCAAAAAGAAAAAACAUAAAAAGGAACAGAAAUAUAAUAAUAACGAAAAGAGAAAAAGAAGAAAAAAAAAACUGAAUAUCAUUACAAGGAGUGAAUUUUAAAUAGCACGCAAAUUGGUCUGCCUUGUCCCCAUGCUUCCCUUCCUGACGUUUUUACGCGAUUCCCCCGAUGUCGUAAAAAAUUGUGGAUUUGCAUCCUUUCCUUGACUUUUUGCGCUCUUUGUUAGUUCACAAAUUUAUAGAGUUCAAAAUGCUUAGGUUCACUGAAAGGGCCCUGAAAAUGCAGUUGAUUUUAAAUAAAUUUUCUGUGGGUAUGUUACAAGACUGUUACAAGUAGGGGUGGCAUCAUUUUUGUUUUUUCCUCUUUUCACAGAACUGGUUUGCCUUCUCCAAACUGCACAAGCCUCUUUUCACUGAACAUGGCGUCAUAAGUUUUCCAAAUACGAACCCACCUUCGGAUAAAAUGAACAAUGCUUAUUGUGAGGUGAGAAAAGAAUUCUUUGCAAAAUUAUUAGCAUAAGCGUGCUAUUCACAGGAUUUUCCCUCACAAAUAUUUAGCUUACUUACAUCACUGUUUAUAUCUUCAAAACACUUAUAGUCAUUAUGCACUGUACGUGGUAGACAUCAAAGUAACCAGAAAAGCUAAGAAGCUGGUCCACAAAAUAAUGUUUGAAAAACGUUAGUCGAAAUAUUAAAAGGGCAGUUCGUUCUGUUAAAAUGAUGAAUCGCAAAUAUUUUAAACACAACCGAAGGUAACUAAAUUUAAAGGAAACAGGGUUAAACGUUGUAUGUUUCUCUUUCAUGGCAGUUCGUCACAUUCACGAGAGCUUAUAACUUGACUCCGACAGUCCUUGUCUCAGCCAAUCACAGCACGACAGUAUCUGGGAAUUCAGCACCGAUCCACAACGGAAUUACAACUUGGAUAGAGGUAAAAGUUUCCGCCAUGGGGCGAAUGUGUAGGGAUGUGUCCUGGCAAAAAAAAAUUCAAACCGAAGCUCGAUGAAAGAUAAAACGAACAGAAUCACACUUGAGGCGAUGUAUAGGUCGAUAAUAGAUGUGGCUCAAAAAUGGACCAAAAAAAUUUGAGAUUGCUUAUUGGCUAACUUCAUGUUUUCGAUCGCGAAUAUAAUUAUGUAGGUAUUAUUCAUUAAAGUUUGAAUAAUAUCUUUAAAUACUCAGGCGCCUCGGUGGUCUCAAACUUUAGAUCUGACGGUUCGGGUUUAAACGUUACCGUAGUUUUUUUUUCUUGGAACAAGAAAUCAUUUGCUGUCUUCAUCAACCGGGAUCGAGGUUUAGCCAAACUGUUUGGGCUUAAUAUAGCUCCUGCGCCACCAUCAUACCCCUUAUUAGGGAAAAAAGGAUAUUUUGGAUAACAUUUGAACCUUUUAAUUCUUUUAGCUUUUAUAACUUUGUUAUUUCUAAACCUUCCAAUCUUUUAAUUUUCUAGCGGUCUUUGCAAGCUUUCAUCAAACCACGGUUUUCAGUCGGCGAAUCUGUUUGCAUUUCUAUGUCACAUAAAAAGACUGUAGGAGAAAGGUUUAAUUUCAGAGACUAUUCAAACAUUCACUCCACGUUAAUCCAGUUGUUUAUGGUUGCAACUGCAUAAAAUGUACCAGCUACGUUAAGUGUUUAUUUUUUUCAGAACAUGAAUACCUCUGGAUUCAGAGUCUGUGUCAAGGAAUUAUACGGGACCAGAUAUGACCCCUUGUCCGUCAGUUAUGCUGUGCUUACAGGUCUGUAAUAAGUACUGAACUCGUUUAUGAAGUAGUUUUUGGCAAACAUCUUACCCGAUUCAUGAGGAAUUAUAAAUACUUUGGAAGUGCUCUAAACUAACACAAGCAUAUGGUUUGCGUGUCAUGCCCAGUGAGAGUCAAGAGGGUAACAAAAUUCCAGUCGCUUUUUGUUCAAAUUUUCUACUUUCGGUUCCCCAUUUACUGCUAGCAGCAGGGUACCAUUUUGAAGUUCUUGUCUCAAAGAAAUUAGGGACCUUAAGAUGUGAGGACGGCGACGGCAGGUAAAACGUCGCUUAAAAAGUGAAUUCGGGGUUUUCAAUCUUCAUCGCGAUUUUUCCAUCUCGCUUACUUUGUCGAAAGUAUGCUACUCCUCCUGAAGUUGAAUUCCUAAGGGCCUUGUAACAGUUAAGCCGAGAAACAGCAGGAAAAUUUCGUCGUUGCUUGUUUACGUCCUCUAAAAAACAUGAUACUAGGCAUUUUCACGUUGUAGUCGUGCAACGACGGCUAAGAAAUGUCGAAAAAAGCGUGAUGGCACGUGCAUAGUUGUUGUUUUACUAUUAAACCUAUUGCUUUUUGGCCGUUCUCAUUGCCGCCGUCGUCGUCGUCGGAUCUUAAGGCCCCUAAUAACUCAUAAUGACAGAAGACCUCAGUUGCCGAAAUGAAAACCAUCAUGCAUCGAACAAACGUUAAAAGUUAGUGUUGCUUCAGAAUUUUUACUCUAAUUUGAGAAAGUGAUCCCUCUUUCAUCAUUGUGACACCACUCCUACUCUCCUCAAGAUAAAAAUAAUGAUGAUGGUCUACUCGUUGCCCCGAAAAAAACGUUAAUUAUUUUUAAUUAUCUUUUCUUAUCACCCUUGCAACAAUACUCCUACAAAAGUGCCGCUAGGGAUAAACAAUGUCUAUCAAUCCGACCAUAAUCAUAUUUAUUAUAUAUAUAAUAAUUUAUACUGAUAUCAGCAAUCUAAAUCUUUUCUUCUUUUUACAUUUUGUUAGAUAUUUGUGAUCCUGGCUGGAACUAUUUCAACGGCUUUUGCUAUUUCACAAGUAAGACUUGUCAAAACUGGACCACAUCACUGGAUAAAUGCCGACAAGAAAACUCAGUUCUUGUUGAUGUCCAAAACAAUGAAGAAAAUGUGUUUUUACAGCAUCUUCACAAUGGAGCAAAAUCCUGGCUGGGAUUGAAUGAUAUUUUCACAGAGGGCUCCUUUACUUGGGCAGAUCGUGGUACAGGCAACUUUACAGCUUGGGCCAAAAACCAACCCAACAAUUUUCGAGAUGAAGACUGUGUACAUACACUUGGUGUUGAAUACAAAUACGAAUGGAAUGACGUGAAAUGCAGUGACUGUCAUCAGUAUACUUGCAAGAAAGGUAUAGUUUUUCAUGUAUGUUUAGGUGUAAGGUUAUGGUCGUAAAAAGAGAUUAUUAUCCCUGAAAAAUUACAUGAUUAAAUGAUAUCUUGUCAUUAAACACAGACAAACAAAACAGUUGAAAAAAAUAAUUAAGUGAUGCAAUGAAGGAACCGAUGGAUAUGUUGCGGUGGGUCAUCCUUGGUGUUAAAACCUGUGAAGUUUUUCUUUGUUUUCUAGCUAUAUUGUAGCUACUAGUUAUAGCUAUCGCUAAGUGCCAACGAGCAAAGCUUUUACUUAUUGUUGGUUUUCACAUUACAUCACUAAAAUUCAAACUAAAAAACUAUCGAUCCUACCGUGAUUUUGCUUUCACGAUAAAUUAGAGCAGCUGAAAACUAAUUUUCAUACAAAUUUUCGCCUCAAAAGGGUUCUUGGUUUUGUGAUAGAGUACGCUUUAAUUUCUAAGCUUUUGCGUGACGCGGCAUUUACAUGACGGCCAAGGCCCAAGAGAGCUGUCAUGUAGGUUUAAAAAAAUGACUUAUCUCAGGAAAUUUUGCUUUCUAAACAGUUCAUGUAUUAGAAAAAGUAUUACUUUAAUGAAUGAGUUUCUCGAAGAAAAAAUUCACGCUUCUGUAGCAAAACUCGGUAACAGAUGUUUCUGUUGGUUUCCGUCUACCAUAUUGGAGCUCAUCCAUGUGAACACCAGCAAGGCGUCUCUAUACUAUAAAAAUCUCUUUAAGUUUGGGUAAAACAUUUCUUCGGAUAUCUCGUAUACGAAAUAUUCCUCAGACCUGAAUCUUGGCGAGGGUCUCUGUAUAUGUACCUCCUUUCAUUUCCCAGAUUCUGGACUUUAUCUAUUCAACCGUUUUGAUUUUUAUUUUGAUCUAUUUUGAAUGGCAUGACACUGAAAACCAGCAAUACGCGCGCACUGUUCAAUGUUUUUAGAAAUGUCAUGAAUUACUGUAAUCUGAUAAUUUAGAAUGUUGUCAACAGCACCGUUUGGGUCGAACUCUCGUUCAUUGCAACUCAAUUUUUUGUUUCGAAGUGCCACUUUAAUUAACUAAAACUUUCAAACACUGAAAAUAAAUGGAAUCACGGAGACCGAUCGGUAUGGAGGGCAGUUUAUUGUACCAUUUUAGUCAUAAGUUUAUUUAUACGAAUAACAAUUUUAGUGCAAUUUGUGCUAACAACUCGUCUGACAUCUCGUCUAUAUCUUCUUCAAUUACUGGAUCGCCACCGUAAUCUUGUUUCAAAAGCGCUUCAUUUCUCUGCUUCUUCCACGGCUUUGCAAAGACUUUCAAAACCGACGCCCAUUUCCGGCGGCUGGCGUCUGAUACCUAGCUUUUGUCAAGCUUCUCGCAUUCUGAAGCUGUAAUUGGCGUUCUAAAUCUUCGCUCUAUUUUAAAAUGAAAAUGGAAACGCCGCCUUUAGAGGUAGAUAAAGAAGUAAAGCACUGCCAGAAAUGACUCAACGUUACACGCGAUUACCUUCGAUUUCUGCUGAAAUGUCAGUGUUCGUAGAGCUCUGUGUGGUAAAUAAUGCUUCGUCUUCCCAGGAAUCCAUCUCCUUUCAAAGCGGAGGCUUGUACUGAGCAGAACGACUGAAUUCUCUGGGUUAUAAAGAAUACAGAUUUGCAGUGUUACACGCCUUGCACGUGUUAAUUUCAUAGUUGGAAUUGUUUUAAACAAGUAUAACAAUGAACUACAAUAACAACCCUAGGCUUCACUAAAAUCGAACAUUCAUCACAAAGAAGGAACAAUAGGAUUUGAAGAGCAUCACAAUUGACCACUCCAGAAAAUACCAUAACAUACCAUAAUGCUCUUUGUUUGUCACCCCAAAAUUUUGCAUAAGCAUUGUCUUCAGUUUCUCUCGGGAGUUAAAAUGGCCCCAAAAGAAACUGAAAACAAUGCUUAUGCAAAAUUUUGGGGUGACAAACAAAGAGCAUUAUGGUAUGUUAUGGUAUUUUCUGGAGUAGUCAAUUAUCAAACAUACGUGCAACUAAAGUCGAAGUUCCAACACAGACAAACAACAACAGGACAAGGAUCAAUAAUUAUAAUGGAUAAUUACUUCGGCACAUGGCAUUAUGAGAACUAUUGUGAGCUCAACUGUUCUACUGCAUAAAGAAUUUGAAAUCCCGACUUUAUAUAGCAAGUUUUUCGAGAUAUUGAAGUUCGUGGUUUUGUCCGAAGUUGAGCACAUAUCAUUUUGGGUAAAAUUUAGUGGUCUUAUAAGCAAACUUAGAAUCCUUGAAAAAUCAAAGUCCGCGAAUAUUCAUCGUACAGACUUAAAUUUGGUCUCUUUUUAAAGCUAAAUAAAAAUUAUGGUGCACCGUUGAAGAAUUCCGAAUUAUUUUGCUUCAAAGACAAAAAAAAUUUCGCGGCGUUAUUUUUCGUAGCGGCAGGCAAUAAAAAACGACCAGCGGGCAAAUGCGCAGCCAUACUCGUAAGUUGAAAAUAAAUCCACUCGAUGAUUGGUUAAAUGAACACGAAGGAUGAACACUGGACUCACAAGCACUCACACGACUCGUGGAUUCUCUGUUCUGUACUAUCACGUGUUCCCUCGAAAACAAUGCAUUCUCUGUUCUGCAUUACGUCGUAAAUGUUGCCGUACAUUACUAUAUGUUACAUCGAUUCGAGUUUUUUUCUGCCCCUGGAAUUAUCUCGCACGGCCCUAUUGAGCUUGCGCCUCUCAGUCUCGCGUCUUCGCGAGGAUGCUUGUUCAAGCAAGUAUUUCCCUUGGCUCUAUUAUGUUGACUUAGCAGUGGCUUCUUUGUAUUAAUUGUUUUACGUCAUUGGUGAGGUUCACAGGUUUUUACACCGCGGAAUAUGACCCGCUGUAGUUCAGUUUUGUUCUUGGUUUAAACUUUAUUUCCCUUUUUUCAAACUCAUUAUCAUACCUGAAUAACAUACCCCAAAAGAAAAGAAAAGAAAUUUAAACCAUAGAUGAAAUUGAACGCCAACUGAAACAAAUGAGUAAAGGACAAGCUUAUGAACAAUUUCUAAUUAUAAUUCAAAAUUCUUAUAUUUAUUAGAUUAAACGCCGGGGCGUUUGUUAAAUUUUUCGUUAUUCGAGUGCGGCGUUUAUUUAAUAGCCAUUUAUUUCUUGCAAACAAUAGUAUGGUAACUGAGCAUUUGAACUGUAAAAACAGAAACAUGUUUUAGUGCUUUUCUGACUAAAGUCAUUAUCUAUAUCUUUCUCAAUUUCACAAUUUGCAUGUUAAUAUACUACUGGAAUACAUAAAGUGAAUAAAGUUAAUUAUAUUCCUUUGAGCUUCGAAAGUACUGAUCUUAAAGCAUUGUUAAAAUCAAAGAAAAUGUUUUUUUCAGGCUUGCUCAAACAUGAUUAUUACUGCAUGCAUUUACUUUUUGAGUCUAUUAUUGGAAUAAACGCCGCAUCAUGACGUAGCGUUUAUUCGAGGGCGGCGUUUAAUCGAAUAAAUACGGUAAUUAAAGAAUUGAUAGCUGCUGUAAUUGCAGUAACUAAACAUGGUAUCUUUUGUACAUUACAGAUCUGAAUGAGUGCAGCAGGGACAAGUAUUAUUGCCAUCGUUUUGCCACUUGUUCGAAUAAUCGUGGUUCCUUCAAUUGCACUUGUGACCUUCAACAAGGUUUUGUCGGGGAUGGCUUUGAGUGCUUAAAAUAUGCAAGUAAGUGAUCUUAUGCAAAGAAUUAAUUUUACAAUGCCGAAGUUUAAAGAUCACGAGAAGGGCAAUUUUAUAUCAUUUUCAACCACCGAGAAAAGGGUUUGAAAACAAGGACAGAAAAUUUUUUGUAAAAUUUUCAACUAUUAAUCUGUAACAUGAGAAAUCAGUUUUAAGUUUGCAGGCCUUCUGUUACGAGCUGAUUUUAUAUGACAAAUGAAGGGGUGUUCGAGCAACUCGCUCGCUUGGCGUAGAGGUACCAGGUAUCUGGGCCCAGUUGUUCGAAGGCCGAUUAGCGCUUAACCCAGGGUUAAAUUUAACCCGGGUUUCUAUUUCUUUUGUUCAAAAGCAUUUUCUCGGAUAAUUUUCUCUGUUAUUUUUAAGAGCAUCCAAUCAUCAACUUGUUGACAAAAAGAAUAAAACUGAAAUUACUCUCUAAGCUUUUAUUUCUGAAUUCAAAUUUCGCACUAACCCUGAGUUAUCUUAACUCAGCUUGAACAACUCGGCCCUGAUUUACAUUAGCUUACAUUUUGGGAUUCUUUAUUUUUCGCAGCAGUUCGAUCAUAUGUUUUCUUCUACAGCAUCACAUUCCCACUGCUGCUGAACAUAACUACAACAUAACCGCACUCCACUCUAACUGCGCAAAUAUUGCGAAAAAGGCUUAAUAAAUAACUUAACGUUCGGGCUUGCUGACAAUGAGAGUAACGAACGCACUUUCCUAAUGAGUCUAGGGAUUUCCUGUUGAUCACCAAAGUGGAAAAAGCAAACCUAUAAGGUAUGAUAAUGGCAUGAGCAAGAAACCAAUGAAAGCUUGACAGCUGAUACCACCGGGCUCUACCGUAAACCAAAACAGGAACUGAUGUAGGUAACAAUCACGGUCAGCGAUAAUCCCUAAACGUGCCCAAUUCAGGGGCUGACACUCAAAUUUUAAUAUAUGACUAUUAUGUUGAAAAACUACUAAGAAAGGAAAAUAAUGGAAUUGAAAACCUUUCGAUACAAAAUAUGGAUGAACCUUGAUCUACAAACCUAAUCAUAACGAGACUCUAUAAAGUACGAGUGUAACGUCAAGUGCAAACAUGAAAUAGACUAAAAUAACCCACAAAAUACGGCUUCACAACAGAAAAUGGGACAUAGCUGCAGUACAGCUGUACCUCUUACUUUUCCCUUUUGUCGAGAAUUUUUCCGGUACCUUAAGUAAACAAGUGUUGGGACCUGAGGAGACCAUACAUAGUGCGUCUCAGUCAAAUCUUGAAAACUGGAAUAGUAAGUGACAAGAAAUAAUUACUCUCGACAUAUCGUAAAGAACGUAAAUGCAACUUCACCUGAGAAACGGGUUCUGAAAGGUAAUUAAAGCAAAGCCUGCGUGAAGUUCCCAAAACUCCCGGCCGUUAUGCGACGCUUCCUCAUGCCAACCAAAAAUAAAUAAACAAACCAUCAAACAAGAUCUGGACAGCAAAAGAAUUUUGAUACCUUUGUCUUCAUUUGUAAUCUCUCGAUAAGCGUUGUUUAAAUUAUUUUGGGGUGAUUUUUGAUCGUCAAGGGGACAUUACAAGUUUGGUUUGAAAGGACUCAAUGAUUUCAGCUAUUUCAGCUCUGUUUAGGAACAACCUGUUAACUUAGAAAAGAUGCAUGAAAAACGAGUAAGGGUAAUCUGAGUGAGCAAUCUCAGACUCUUGUAAAGUGAUUCAAAUUUUGGUGCAAGUUUACAACAAAAAUGAUCAGUCAUUCGGACCAGCUUUCGAGUUCUAGUAUGCCCUGCUAUGGUAAAUUUAUACGCCAAAGUUAAUGAUAGUUAUGGUAAUAAAAUAAUAUUAGGAAUAACUAAAUCCUCAAUUUGUCUUAUAUGCUGUUCUUUGGCAUCUUAUUCAGCUGCAUGCCCUGUUGGAAUGGUGGAACAAUUUUGGACCAACUCCCCUCCUACUGUCGAUGUUUUUUCCUCAUAAUUUACAUGUUCUGGGUGUGGUGUUGCAGAGGGUGUGAUUGCCAAAUCCCUGCUGCAAAAGACUGAAAAGACACCGAAACUGAAUGCAUACAUGAAACCAUAAGCAGUCCUGGAGAUAUCCAUUUCAGGAUAUAAGUAACGUGCGUUGUGAUUGGUUGAGAUCAAAACCAAAACAACGUUAAUCUGCCGAGAGCUACUGGAGAUGAGUCAUGAGUAGAAGUGAAACAUUUUUUAUUGCCGCCACUUGUAAUGCGGCUAUCGGCCAAAACGAAAUUAAGUAGUUCGAAAUCACUCCACGGAAAGAUAGCAUAAAUAAAAUAAGUUAUUCAGCAAACGCUCUUGCACUCUGGAAGAGUGGAGCGAACAUAUUACUUCAGAUGGAGGCUAAGGCUGUAAAAAAUGAGUCGUGACUUCUUUAAUUCAGCGGUCAUGGCGAACUCGAAAAUGAACUAUUACAAAGAGCAAAGGAAAUGACCUGUAAAUGUCACACAAACAACAGCAAAGAUAAGACUGAUUCGCUCAGUUAAAGUUUGGAAUCCUCCACAGCUUAAUCUACGGAUUUUGGAUUUAAGAACUAAUACAAAUUUGCGACGCCUUGCAACACGCACAAUUCACGAACAAAUAAGGCGCGUAAUAUCGGCGUCAUUUUCGAUAACACCGUAACGAUGUCUUUUCAUGUUAACAACAUAGUUAAAGUGGUAUUCUACCACCUUAGAAAUAUAGCUGAGAUUCGUAAGUAUAUGAAUGUCACAACGGCUGAAGUUCUUGUGAACGCAUUCAUAAAUUCGAAGCUGGAUUUCUGCAACUCGCUUUUACAUGGUCUUUCCAAGUAUGAAAUUAACAAACUGCAAAGUGUCCAAAACGCUGCAGCGCGCGUGAUUGCCUGCUUACGUAAGUUUGAUCACAUAAGUGAUACUCUAAAGGAGUUGCACUGGCUACCGGUGGAGCAAAGAAUAAUCUUUAAGAUUAAUCUUAUUUGUUUUAAGAUACUCUUCAAUUUAGCCCCGGAUUAUUUGGUUGACCUAAUCCCUGUUUUUUUAAGGGCUUUUUCAGUCAUUGCCCCUAUACCCUGGAACGAUUUGCCUAUUGACAUUAGAUCGCUCGAUGAUGUAAAUAAGUUUAAAUCUAAAUUGAAGACCUUUCUUUUUAAGGGAGUUGACUAACUAUCUUAGGUUUUUUAUUUUGUAUUUUUGUAACCAUGUAUAUAUAUAUGUAAAUGAUUUUAGGAUUUUUAUUUUUUAUCCAGACCUUUUUGAAGCAUUGUAAAGCGCUUAGCACUGAAAAGUAUAGGCGCUAUAUAAAUAUUUAUUAUUAUUAUUAUUAUUAUUAUUAUUAUUAUUAUUAUUAACAAUUCCAAAUUAAACGAAACCAAGGAUCAGUUUAGAAUACGAUCCACGAAACGCUCACACAUUGAACCAGUAAUGGCCCCGAAAUUACACACGUCAGAGAUUUUCAAAGGCCUUACAUAUGUUUGUUUGAAUAAACAACAACCAAAUUUACUCUAGUAUCUAGGAGCAAUUUUUUCAAAACCAGAAAAAAUUAUUACGCACCUGAAAUUUGCAAGAAUUCAAAGACCACUCCACUCAGAAUGCAUGAAAAUCACAACUGUUUACAUCACGUUCGGCAGAUCUUUCUCUGCGUUGUAGAGACGCACGCCAUCUUUCUUUGUUUCACAUGUUCCUCUGAUGGUCCUUUGCAAAUAACGCGUGGUCUCAUGGGAUUUGAAAGGAAACAAAAUAAUGGCGGCCCAAAAGCGUUGCAAAUACUGAUUUUUCUUUGAAGGUCCAAGAUGGAAUUAUCAGUGACCUCAUCAUAUAUCCAGAAAUGGACAUCUCCCGGACUGAUAAGAAAAAUGUUAAUAAAGAUGUUAAAUUUCAUUGUUUUUCAGUGGAUAAAGCCUCAAAAAAUGAGGCACUAACUUAAAGUACAAAAAAUUGGACACCUGUAUAGAAUUUUAAAGGGACUCAUUUUCAAAGUGAUCAAAAUAUCUCGAAACAAAAUUACAAGACAUUCCUUGCAAAAAAACUAAUACAAAUUCACCACGACUAACAAAUUCGAAUUUUAAACUUCAAUUGGACAUGACAGGCUAAGUUAGCUUAAUUCAAACUCGUUCCGACUGUAAGAAAACAAGACAGUCUAUUUUCUGCAACUGACUCAACAUUGCUUUACUUUCAAGUGCUACUUUUCUUCGUGAACUUCGCCCUCGCAAGGCAAUUCAUUGCAUAUAGCCCCUACAUACAUACAUUCAUUCAGAAUAAUUUAAAAGUGGGAAAAGGAAAAUCAAGCAUUACUAAGAAAAAAAAACAUUAAAAAAAAUCUAGGCCUAAAAUUAUGAGUGCAGAUGUGGACCAGCUACAGCGAAAGUUAAGUCCUCUGAGACCUCACGUGAUUUGAAUGGAUAUCUAGAACCUCUGACGUAUCUGUGUACAGUUCUUAAUAUAGCAAAUGAAAGCUGAAUUCGAAGCCAGGAAAUAACGCUGGCGUAGUGUUCAUUGUUCUUAGUCGAAAGCUUAUUUGCGAGAGUUCUUAAAAAGUUUUUACAGUCGAGUCCCAUGCCCCCGUUUGUACCAAACACCAGUGGUGUGUAAAAGUUCCCAUCUCUACAUCCAUCACUCUCUGGUUGUAUUUCCUCUUCUUCUCGUUUUCUUGCUCUUUGAAGACCGUAGCUGUGUACUUGCCCUGGUUGGACCGGGAGUUAACAUGCGUUACGCGUACGUCAAAGAAUGCCGUUACUCCUGGUGUCCAAAAACCUCCUGCUUUCAUAUCCAGCCUCGCAGUCUCGACUUGUAACAGUGGACUGAAGGUUGAAUACUUCAUUGUCGAGUGGUUGCAGGAGUGGCUCUGUCUCCACGUUUCUGCACACUUUACUGAUGUGUGAUGUCAGAAGAUCUCGGAUUACAUGACAACGCAUGGUUGACAGUAAACAUUUCUCCACAAGCACAGUAAUUAGGGAGUUUCGGCAGAGGGAGGUUGUAGCGAAGGCAAAGGGAGUCCCUAAACUCCUGCUUGUUCAAAUCCAGUCCGUGUUCUUCGAUUGGAAUAGCGUUCAGCCACGAGCUGACUCCCUUGUCCCUUGUCCGCUGCACCGCUUGGAGUAGAUCAGGAGAUCAGGAUUCGUCAAUCCUGUCAAUCCGGGACUUUGCAGCGGCUCUCCUUUUAGCAUUGAUUUCACACUUCCUUUCCUCCAUCAGCUCUCGUGCUGGAAUGGUGGAGCUUUGAUAUUUAAUAUUGAAUUGACCUUUGAUAUCUAAUAUUGAAUGGACGUUUUUAACUCGUUUAGGAAUUUAAAAUAGCAUUCAUUGAAGUAGACGCAGGUUAACUUGGUACUGUUGUAGUUCUGAAAAAUGUGUAUCUAUAUUAACGAUUUGAGAACAACGCAAGAAAAUAAAAUUUUAAAGUGUCCUUCUUUGUUCUUGAAGCCGUCAUGUUUUUUUUUUAGGCCUCGGAUAAAGGCAACUUCCCGCGGUCUUAGGCUGUUUCCUAAAUCUGGCUAAAUUAAAUGGCUCUCUACAUCAUUAUUACUUAUUUUUUUGUUUAUAUCUCAUAGGAGGAUUGACAGGCUCUGCUAUUGUGGGAAAUGAUGUUAGCUACUUAACAUAUUUGAGCACUUUGCUCAAACCAGUCUCAAGCAAAUCUUCACAAUGGAGGCGCUGUUGGCGGGCGUCCGUGGACGGCUGGGCUGCCAGUACUUUUCACAGCCGAUGCGACCAUAAAGGAGCAACUGUCACAAUAAUAAGAGUCGGGGGAAAGUACAUAUUUGGAGGGUAUACCAGCGUCUCUUGGGGUAAGUGGAAGGAUUUUCUAAACCUGAGCGUGAUAGCAUGUAAAAUUGUGUAAGGAAGAAUUUGUAAUGGGUAUAUAUUUUUUUUUACUUCAAAUUUGCAAUCACUUUCGUUACGGCUUACCAUCAGACAUUUGUGAAUUAUUAGGAGCUUAAGCAACCACGACGGGGAGGCCAGCGAAAACAUCACUUAGAGCCUGUUUAGGUGAGGUAACCCGCCUACAAUGCAGGUGGGAUAAAAAAAUAACCAUCGUUUACGUGCAAUUAACCUUACAACCCCACUAUCCCGGGGUGCACUUUCUCAAGAAUAUUGAAUGGUCGGUAAGCAUGUAAAUAAGAAAAAUGCUGGCAAACCACGUGUUUUAGGGAUUAGUGCACUACUACACUCACUUGCUGCACUUACUGCAUCCUUCAGUGCUGUGGCUUUCUAUUGUUACCUUUAUGAUGCAAAGCCACCGUCAAAGUGUGAUUUUGCGCGAAUUUGAUGUAUCAUGAAUCCGACCGCCGGCUUGAAGGGUCACUUCACCUAUCAUGUACCACCCCCCAACAGGUCCUUAAAAAUUGCAUUCAGGCUGCGUUUCAAACUUUGUUCCUAGCAUCGCCCUUAUUCCAUGUCGUUCAAUUUGCCAAAUGCUGGCAAAGUUCUUUUUUCGGGAUUAAAUUCCAAAGGUCCCUGUCAAAAUUUAGAAAAAGAAAUAAAAAUCGUUGUUCUUACGUUCUUUACGUUUCACGUCGUAGUCGUGCAACGUCAUGGUAAAUAAUUUACGUUCCGACUCGUUGCGGUAGCUGUCAUCGUUGACGGCCUUGACGGACAACGAUCAAUUAAAAUAAAUAAGGAGGGGAACGGAAUUUUUUAAGCUCAGUUUUUUUAAAAUUCCCCGUAUGUCUCUUAUUAUCCUUUUUUUUUCCAUCACAACGUAAUGCACAAGUUUUUGUUUUCUCUUGUUGCAACAAAUUUGGAAUAUGGAGCAGGAGAAAGACAGAGAAAAAGAGAAAGUAGGCGGUAGGCCAGCGAAGCUCAACGAGAAAAAGGGCAACAGAGGUCUAGAGCGAGAGAUAAAAACAGAGGAGACAUUUUUUUUGUUGGAGGAACAGCAUGAAAAUUUUGUAGCGACGGUGACAAAUAACAAAAACAAAAAAACACAAAUUUGGAUAUAUAAUAUGUGUCACUAAAACAUUUCUUAACAAAACAAAACGUGCAUAACGUUGUUCGGACAACAACAACAAAAAAGGACUAAAUUUCCUUAAAUUAAAAGAAAAUUAGAGAAAACAAACUAAACCAAAAAAUAGGGUGAACUACGCGAAAAAAUCAGCGUGCUUUGCGUCACCUAUUUCACGCUUGCCUCCUCUAAAUCGCCAUGUUUCCUCACACAGGAGCCUGAUCUUCAAACGGGUUCAUAAUACAAAUCAACUUUCGCUCUGCCUUGACUCUGGUCGACUCUGCCAUAGCGGACAGUUCAGAGAGUGAUUGUGAACUGCAGACACCUGCAGAAGCCCUUUUUUGAUAUCAAAAGCUAAGCUACUGUUACACUAGUGGUCUUCUGUUACACAAUUUCCUCUCGGUUUUGUGUGAAUCGGUCUUGUUUAAUGAGGGUUUUUCUACAGAAAUUCAUUUUCAAGCAAUAUGCCGCACCCUCAACGGAGUCAUUUUUCUGGCCUUCGUUCCAUUUUCACAGUUUUACGAAAAGCUUCCAUCAACAUAUAAAAAAUGCUGAUCUGGUGUAGACAUAGCUAAAAAAAUUAUAUAGUCUUCUUAAGAAGCAGCUUGGUUUUUUUCAGAUUUGUAAUAAUUAAACAUCUUUCCAUGUAGAAAAAACAUGUUUGGUUGCUGCUUCGCAGAUAGACGGGAGCGGGCCAAAUAAUUCGAAUAUUAUAUAAAUUAUUUUCGAUUCCGAUAUCUGCCCUUCACGCUUUUAAAAAUCAGUUUUAAGUUGCUCGAUACAGACGUUCUAAAAACUCACUGAGGAUAUGUUUUCGAAACUAUUUUGCUAGCAGAAAAAUUCGAAACAAAAACAAAUGAAACAGAAAGUAGCCUUCAUUAAUGCGUUUCCAGGUGACACUUUUUUGGGGGAGUUUAAUUUUGCAGAUUAUUUUUACACCUUUUCGGGAAAUAAUUUUUGCGAUUGAUCAAGAAGUCUGUUUUUUUCUUUUCAAUCUGCAGUAUAUUUUGCAAUUUUAAAAAUUGGAACUCAUUAUUCGUGCACUUAUAAAUUCCCAAAGGGUAGAACUUGUAAAAAAUAAAUCCACAUGAUAGGCGGAUCAGGCGGAGUUGAUUGGCAUCUGCCAAAUCGGAACGUUCGGCCUUUUUUCUGGUUGAUACUGCAAUUUUUUCUGUCUUGAGCCGCUCAAACAAAUAAGUCUUGAAUUGAUUGCCCCGAGAAUAUUCUUUCUGUAAGUUGAGUACACUAUAUCCAGUGAGAGCAAAGAAAUCAUGCCUCCCCUUCUUAGCGUGAUAACAAUGAAAUUCCUAAUAAAGUAAAUGUUGAAAAAAAUAGCGAUCACUCCCGAAAGUAAAGACAGACUGCUUCGUGAAUUACACCGCUUUAGGAUGCUGGUAUGGUAACAUUCUGCAUUCUGCAGAGUGAUUGCAGGGACCACUGGCUCCUUAUUUGGUAAAGAGAAGAAUAUUAAACGGGGCCAGUGCAAAAUAAGCGAACCUUUGUUAGCCGAUUUUUUGAGCUGUUUACCUUGCCUGCAAACCUUAAGCUAAACACUCAAAGGAGAAGUGCACCAAGUAUGUGUGCAUUUAAGGAGGAGGAACGGAGCGUCCUUAUUUCUGUGACAUUAAUGAAAGGAAUUACAGGGUACAAAAUAACUGUGUCAACUAUUGGCAUCACUGUAUGUAAGUGAAGGGUUCAACCAUGUGACAGCGACUUGAAAGAAAGAUUUCUUUCCUUAAUUGUUUGUUUGAUUAUUUUGUUAUUUUUUUUUUUGCCAUCCACAUUUCUCGUUUUUUUCUUCUUACUUUUUUUGUUAUUCGCAUUUUUUUUUCCAUCCGCAAUUUUCCAUCCGCAUUUUCCCAUCCGCAUCCGCCAUCCGCAGGUAUCUGGUCCGCGAUUUACAGACACCCGUAACCAAGAAGUUUCUGGAAGUUUCACGUUGUAGUGGUGCAAAACAAUGGCAAAAAAUGUAUAAAAAAAGCGUGCUGUACGUGCAAAGUUGCUAUUUUUGCUAAUUAGACCGAUUGUUAUUUUUCACCGUUCUCCGGCGUUGCCUUCUCGCUUAGCACUACACGAUUUUAUAUUUUGUUUGAACAAACCAGGGGCGGAUCUAGGGGAGGGUGCACGGGGUGCGCACCCCCCCUGAGAUGACCAGCGGUUUUCUAAUACAAGUUGUAUUCUGCAAAAAAAAAAAAAAACUAUGUGGUUUAUUGGUGUUGAAGUAGAGCAAGAGACGAGUACACCUCCUCCUAAAAAAAUUCUGUAUCCGCCUCUGCAAACUAUAAAUAUUAUCGAGAGCUUCGCUUUUAGCCCUGGCUAAAUCUAUAUUCUAUUUAUAUUUACCACUAAAACUCUGGAAGGAAAUAACAACGGACAAUUUUAACAAAGCUCACACGAAGGGUUCUCGCUUUCCCUUCAGUGAAAACUGUGACAAUUUGUCCUGCGACUUGCUAAGGGAAAGAUGCAAAUAGUGGACAAAAAUUGCAAUGCAAAUUCCAACCCUGGAGUUUGGGUCGUCAAAAUGUAAAUUAAUGACAAUAUUCGCUCUGAAUCAGUGUACUAUUCAUGCUAUUCAUGGAGGUAUGUAUGGUCCGCAUUAGUUUGGAAAAAUUAGCAUAACGUCAAAAGAGUAAAUGUAAAGCUGAAUUUUUGGCCGGUUUGUACGCUAGUAGGUUUGUCUUGAAAUUUCACGGUGUUGCAGUAAAUCAAUCUCAAUGAAAGUUUCAGACAUUAUUGAAGAUUAUUUGAUGAGGUUUAAAAAGAAUUCUGUCGAGCCGUUCUAUAGAGAGAUACAGAAAAGCGCUUAAACAGGUGGUCCAAAAUUUCCAAGCAGCAAAAUAUGAUAUUAAACAACAUUCUGAUCCUACUUAAGACAAAUUUAUAUUAUUUACAACCUUUUUUAUUAAACAAUUUAUCCCGACUAUUGAAAAUAUAAGGUUUGUAAUAUAUUUACGUAUUAUUUGAAAUCAAAUAUACAAAAUUUUUCAUUUCUUACGGAGGUUAUUUGCUAAACACCACAAGUUCCUGGUGUCGGAUUUUCAGUAGCAGGCCUAAAUCGCUGAAAAUUCGGCUAUUAUUGAUUUCAUUUUUUUGUCUAUUGUUGCCAAAGUGAUAUCGAUUUUUCUUAAAAAGUCCAAAGUCAGUAAGUGUUGAAAAUUUCAUAGCCAUCGGACUUUUAAGGCGAUUCAAAAAUAUCGGUAUGGUCUCCGAAAAAACUGUAUCGAAACACCUUGAGUGACAACCCCAUAGAGGGGACACAAAAUUUAAUCCGGGAAAGACGUCCACAUGAUCUUUAUAUCUGUUACCUAUAUUGAAGGAACACCUCUAUUUAAGGGAAACGGACAGGUUUUCUUGGUCCUGAAACUUGGGUUUAACCUCCAUUCAGGGGACACCUUAGCACUCAAAACGUGACUGACCACAAAGAAGGUUGAUAUCUUUAAGUGUACACUAAUGACCAUGAUGGUAGCUUUCACAAACUGAACUAUCUCACUUACAUGGAUAUACUGCAAUAUUUUUUCGUCUUAGCUUUUUAAAUAAGAAGCAGUUUCUUCCUUCCAAAAGUAAAUACUUAAGUAAGAAUAAAAUUAGUAUUAAAAUAACACUUUUCAUCGAUCUUUGCUAAGGAACUUAAACUACUAUUAUUAGUUAUAAGUAUAUUUUCUUGUGUGUAUGAAUUCGAAUUUUUGAACGAAGUCUGUGCAUUAGUCAUCUUUUUCAUUUCUUAUUUUCCCAACAGGUUCCAGCUGCCAGUAUCGAUAUGAUUCCCAGGCAUUCCUUUUCUCGCUGGUGAACAAGCCAGGAUGGGCACCUCUGAAACUGCCUCAGACAGGGACAUAUAGUUAUAACAGUCAUUCAAUAUACGACUGCUCGUCUCAUGGACCUACUUUCGGUGCAGGCCAAGACAUUUAAAUUGCCGACUACGCGUCAUCCAGUAGCAGUUCCUAUACUUACCUUGGCUGGACUUACAGCGCACCAAGUGGGUACAGCCAUGGAAGCACCUUCACCCAGACAUUUCUGGCAGGCACUUAUCAGUUUACUCCCGACGAAGUAGAAACAUUUUACGAAACAACCUAAAAAC